UUUCAAAAAGGUAUUGUGAUAUAUACUUCGUAUCAAUAUAGAGUGAAAACAUUUCAAGAUGUCAGAUGAAUCUGUUACGGAGAACGACAGUCUCUUAAUGAGUGAAUACAAAGGAGAAAAUUGUGAAGAAAUAAUAAGCUUUAACGAAACGUGUAAAUCCAAUCCUAUCAGCAUUCAAAAUCAUCUCGAUAGCGAGACCUGUGUAAAAAUUCCUUUGGAAUGUACACCAGACUCUCAAGAAGAGAUAGAUGUUUUUCCUAGUGUCAGUAGUGAAAUUCAAAAUACUUUCCGAGGGCUUCCCCCGGGAAAAAAGUAUCAUAUUUUCACUUCAUGUUCUUCCGAAGAUAUAGAAGAAGUAAAUAAGAUAUGCGAGGACUUGGAGAAAAGAUUCUUUCUCAGGUGCAUGCAGUUUGAAAGGGAUUUCGUGGCUGGAAAACGUUUGGAUGACAAUAUUCAUACAGAAAUGACAAAAAGUAUCAGAGUAUUAAUAGCUCUGAGCCCUGCUUAUAUUAAAAGUCACUGGUGUAUGACAGAAGCCUAUGAGGCUGUUCAAUUAGCUUACUCUAGCGGAGAAAAACUUAAGAUUAUACCUGUUCUAUUGCGCCCAAUUGAUGGCAUGAAGGAUACGCCAUCCUUAAAAUUUCUGAAGAGGUACAGGUAUAUAGAUGCACAAAAGGAAGAAGACGUACCAGCAAAGAUAAUGGAUGCAUACUACCAUUCAGAGGCCGUAGAUGGAAUUUUAAUUCAAGGUGAACAAGAAUUAACCGCAGAAGAAAUCCAGAAUCAAAACGGGGCAUACAUUGAAAAAGGCUAUGUAUUUGAAACUGAAAGCUUUACUUAUAAUGAGCGAGAGUAUCUGAAAAAUAUUCAUGAAAAGUGUGAAGAACAAUUCGAAGCGGCUGUAUCGUUGGUGUCAGGCCAUCAGCUUCUGAAGUUCUACAAGAUUUUUGUUCUUACUAAAUUUACACACGCUGCAGCAGUUCUCCUGGCUGCUAUAGUUGUGUCGUCUACACUGAUGGUGCAAAACAUGGCUGUACUAGUCAGUAGAGAUAUCAGGAUCAUGUCCAAUUCUGUAUCCGCCCUUGCAGUCUUUCUUGGGUUCGUGCUAUACAUCAUUUUUGUCUUAGGAAUAUUCAUCUUACGAAAAAAGAUUAAAAACAUCAUACGAAAGAAGUUGUGGCAAUUAGUAAACAAAAAGUAUUUCCGGGAGACAAAAUGCUUGAUUGUGUAUGACGAUUCCAUUGUUCUUCAGCCAUGUUUGAUGCUAAUUCGCUACAAUACAGCGUCUUGCCAGGAAUAUGUUACUAUUCUUCUUGACAAAAAGCAUUUUCAUUUGCAAUUGGAUGAAGAGGAAAUUCAGAUUAUGGCUGCGGAGAAAAUCGACGAAAAAUUGAAACAACUGCAGUGUUUAGGACUUUUGGCGGAAUGGUUCCAGCUAAGUGUAUACAAUUAUAACCGCCAUAAUACCUGGCUUAAAAAGCAGUGUCUCUGUCAGUUGUUGGAGGGAAAUCUCAUUCAACGGAAAGUCAUAACCGUGUGA